UAUUAUUAUAAGAAACCAUGUUGAAUAUCAAUUUGAGCUGUGCUCGGUCCUGUUAGCCAGCCAGUCUAGUGCCUUGCCCAGCACGUCCUUUUCUUUCUCGUUCUUCGUGGUCUCAAUCUCCGUGCUUUUCCUUUAACAAGCAGGGUGUACUCCCUUGACUGCUUCUUACUAUGAGCGUCCUUGUACCCACCAAGUUUCCUAGCGUUGCUGCUGUCAUGCUUGCCUGCUUUGCAUCUUUCGUUUGUCUGUUGCUUGCACGCAUAUUGUAUGUCUUUAUGCGUCUCUGGUCUUGCCAUUCUCUAUCAACAGCGACCGACGAGAAGACCCCCGCUUGGUCCUCUUUGUUGUCGCUAACCAACACUUGGAGUCGGUCUUUGCAGCGUGCUCUCCCAGCGUCACUACCCUUUUCGUUGACCAUCCCGGAGAAACCAUCACCUGAAGUUGGCACAGGGGCAGGCGUAGGACUUUCGCAUAAAACUCUUGAAUCUCUCCCCGGCAACUGGCAAUUGUGUCGACCAGCUCCUCAAUUCCAGCCACCACGUGAGCCAGAAAAUUCUAUCGGUUUCUGUUCUCCAUUACUUACCUAUUGCAUCAUAGCACCGGCUGUGUACCAAAAUCCUGCGCCUCUCUCCAUGGCAAAGCUGAUAAUGUCACGACACACCUUUCGCCGCCCCAAUCCAAACCGGCCACGAAGAUUGUCCACUGCAUCCUCAUCCCGUCCGCCACAGCCCACCUCCCAGCUGUUCCACUCCAUAGCAUAAACCCAAAUAGUAUUUCAUUCCCGCGCCAAAAUAACACCGCAUUUCAGGGCGUGUGGAUGAGCUAUCCUGGCUGGAAAUAAAU